GACUACUUCCGUGUUGACCCACGUUUUCACGUUCCUCUCAGAAGACACGAGUGUACGUGGAGGAAAAAAAAAGUUGAUUUUAAGCACUCAGGAUGAGACCACUAACGGAGGAAGAGACGAAAACGAUGUUUGAGAAGUUGUCGAAAUACAUCGGUGAAAACAUAAAGCUCCUAGUGGACCGACCGGACGGUACCUACUGUUUCAGGCUACACAAUGACCGUGUGUACUACAUGAGUGAGAAAAUUCUUAAGCUGGCGACAAACAUUUCCCGGGACAAGCUCGUGUCCGUGGGGACAUGUUUUGGAAAGUUCACAAAGACCACAAAGUUCCGUCUGCACAUCACAGCUCUGGAUUUCCUGGCCCCGUACGCCAAGUUUAAGGUGUGGGUGAAACCUGGAGCAGAGCAGUCCUUCCUAUAUGGGAACCAUGUGUUAAAAUCUGGACUCGGGAGAAUCACUGAGAACACCGAGCAGUACCAGGGAGUUGUGGUCUACUCCAUGGCUGAUGUGCCCCUGGGUUUCGGUGUGGCAGCCAAGUCCACCCAGGAAUGUCGGCGAGUGGAUCCCAUGUCCAUUGUAGUAUUCCACCAGGCCGAUGUGGGAGAGUUCAUUAGAAAUGAAGACACGUUAACAUAAAGAUGCAUCCGCAACUGGACUGUCAAAUGCCCCAUUUAAUCCUUUUCAUACCCAGCAACAUCCACUCAAAAUUCAGACCCAGAACAGCUGCUGUUCUCUCUCAACAGAGAAGUGGUUGGAUCUAAGUGUCUGGUUCAAGGGCACCUUUUAAAUAGCAGAUGUCACAACAGGCCCAUAUUUCCAGUGCACAGUCUUGGGAUUCAAACAGAGACCUCUCUAUUGACUCACCUUGGGAUACAGCUAAUCUGCCAUCUGUAUGAUUCCCUUGUCACAGACUCCUGAUACCCCCUUCACUCUGGCUUUGAGUCAAAUCUUAUUCAAAUGAAGGGGAAUGCUUUUCUGUGUUUUUCUUUUGUAAAUGUCAUCUUUCAAAUAAAUCCACAAUGUCUUUGUA